UACUAAACUGCCCUAUCACUGCCCGCGCUGCCGUUUAACCCAUUUUGGACUAAAAAAAGAAACGAAAAAAAAAGGCCUCUUUCUCUCGAGUCUCUAUUCGUAUCUCUCCCCCAAUUCCGUCGCGUAGAUUUUUAUUUUUUUUGGUCACUUCUGCAAAUCAGGCGACACCCAGGCGGCAAAUAACGUACGCCGAUCUUUCCUCUUAUGCAAUUUCACCAAACUUUUUGAGGACUCCUACCAAAGAAAUUCCCCCAAAUUGAAUUUUAUUAAAAAACUAAGACAUUUUCUUGUUAAAAGAAGCUAGGGUUUUUUUUUUUUUUUUAAAUCCUCUACGCCUUAGGUUUUUUAUUUUUAUUUUUUAUUUUCAAUUUUCUUAGCCCCGUUCGAUUCGUCUGAUCUGGUCAUGGAUUUGCGAGAUUCAUCAUUGUCAUCGGCUCCGAAUCGAGAUGGUAUCGCCGGCGACGAUGACGGUAUUCUCUCCGUCACUUCUGCACUCGCUAAAGACGCCGCUCUUUACUUCCUGUCUAGAAAAUUCGCCGAGUGCGUCGAUAUCUUGAAUCAACUCAAGCCGAAGAAAGAAGACGAUCCAAAGAUUCUUCAUAAUAUUGCAAUUGCGGAGUUUUUUCGGGAUGGUUGCUCUGAUCCAAAGAAGUUGCUUGAAGUCCUUAACAAUGUCAAGAAGAGAAGUCUGGAGCUUGCUUAUGCAUCUGGGGAACAGGUGGAGUCUGGUAGCAAUAUUGGAAAUAAAGUUACUUCAGGUUCAAAAGGAAGCGAUUCAACUACACAUCAGUUUUCUGCUUCAAAUGGUGCCGGUAUUAUUUAUACAGAUGAAUUUGAUACCUCUGUGACUGCUCUAAACAUAGCAGUUAUUUGGUUCCACCUUCAUGAAUAUGCAAAGGCAUUAUCAGUUCUUGAACCUCUAUAUCAAAAUAUUGAACCAAUAGAGGAGACAACAGCUCUUCAUAUCUGCCUCUUGUUGCUGGAUGUUGUGCUAGCUUGUCAUGAUGCUUCAAAAUCUGCUGAUGUAUUAAAUUAUUUGGAAAAAGCAUUUGGCGUUGGCAAUGUGAACCAAGGGGACAAUGGUAACAUGGCUGUACAACAACCCGCAAAUCUAGUUGGAAAAUUAUCCUCCGUUACGAGUAGCUCAUUGGUCUCAGAUGCUUCUGGUUCAGACUUAGCUGCUAGCAUAAAUGCCUCUGAGAAUCCACUAUCUAGAACUUUAUCGGAGGACCCACUGGAUGAAAUGUUUUCAACACUGGAUAUUGGUGGACAGAACUUAUCAAGGCCUGCUGGUCUUACAUCCGCAAAUGAUCUUCCCAGGACCACAGUUGAUAGAUCCAUCUCUGGUGUUGAUCUGAAGCUCCAGUUGCAACUUUACAAGGUUCGAUUUUUGCUUCUCACUAGAAAUGUAAAGCUAGCAAAGCGUGAAGUCAAGCAUGCUAUGAACAUUGCUCGAGGGAGAGAUUCAUCUAUGGCUCUCCUUUUGAAGGCCCAGCUUGAGUAUGCUCGUGGAAACCAUAGAAAAGCCAUCAAGUUGUUGAUGGCAUCAAGCAAUCGGACAGAUGCGGCAAAUUCAAGCAUGUUUAACAACAAUCUAGGCUGUAUUUACUAUCAACUUGGGAAGUAUCAUAUGGCUGCAGUGUUAUUUUCCAAGGCACUUAGUAAUUGUUCAUCUCUUCAGAAGGAGAAACCUCUAAAGCUAUUAACAUUCUCACAGGAUAAAUCUCUCCUCAUAACAUAUAACUGUGGGUUGCAAUACUUGGCCUGUGGGAAACCAAUACUUGCUGCUCGCUGUUUCUUGAAGUCAAGUUUAAUUUUCUAUAAAAGACCCCUCUUGUGGCUUCGGUUUGCUGAAUGUUGUCUAAUGGCUGUAGAGAAAGGACUUGUAAAAGGAAGUUGGACUCCAUCAGACAGAUCAGACAUUAGGGUCAGUGUUAUUGGAAAGGGUAGGUGGAGAAAACUUAUAAUUGAAGAUGGAAUAUCUAGAAAUGGACUUGUAGAUUCUGUUGAAAAGGGUGAUUGGGCGUUAGGUGGUGAUGGGGAGCCUAAGCUUUCAUUAACCUUUGCUAGGCAGUGUCUGUAUAAUGCACUGCACUUGUUGAACUUUUCUGAGUGGGGUCAUUUAAAGUCUGUUUUACCCUCUAAUUCAUCCUUGGAGGAGAAUGAAUCGAGUGAUGCAGCAUCUUCCAAGAACUCAAACCAUAAGGACGUACUUGGCAUAGAUUCGAAGUCUUCAAAUAUGUCUGUAGGUCUAGUUAACUCCAACGGGGAUUUGAAAGAGCCAAAGGGGGGAACUAAUCAGGAGAUCAUUCAGAGCUCCAUCUUCUAUUAUGAAGAUGUUUGCAGAAGAGAAAAUCAGAUGAUUAAGCAAUCACUUCUUGCUAACCUGGCAUAUGUAGAGUUAGAACUGGAAAAUCCUUUGAAGGCCCUCUCUGUAGCACGAUCUCUCUUAGAACUACCAGGUUGUUCCAGAAUUUACAUCUUUCUAGGUCAUGUCUAUGUGGCAGAGGCCCUCUGCUUGCUGAACAAGCCUAAUGAAGCUGCAGAGCAUUUGUCUGUUUAUUUGUCUGGGGGAAAUAAUGUUGAAUUGCCGUUUGGUCAAGAGGACUUUGAGCAAUGGCGGGUGGAAAAACCUGUUGAUUUUGAAGAAUCAAAUGGAGGAACAUCAGCUGCCAAGAAUCCUUCCCCUGAGGGCUUGCGGGAAUUCAUGUUUCUUAAGCCAGAAGAGGCACGUGGAACUCUUUAUGCAAAUCUUGCGGCUGUGUCUGCAGUACAAGGUGAACUUGAGCGGGCCAACCAUUUUGUUAUGCAAGCAUUGUCACUGGUACCCAACAGUAGGGAAGCAACCAUGACUGCAAUUUAUAUUGAUCUCAUGCUUGGUAAGUCACAAGAAGCUCUGUCCAAGUUAAAACAUUGUAGUCAUGUCUGGUUCCUUCCCAGCAGUUUACAGUUGAAUAAAUCCUCCUAAUGGUUGUGUGAGUGGUUCUAAUUCAAUCCUGUGUGGUCCUCCAUUCAGUUGCUAGUUAGCAGGUAGAUCAGCAAUCCUUUGUAGAGGAUUUGUAUUAUAAAAUAUAGUUCAAUUCAGAUAAUAAGUUUUCGUUUA